AUGGGACGCCUCCGCGACUGUCAGAUGUUUGUCUGUGUGACAUGGCAACUGGGUGGCACAGGCGGAGCGUGGUGGUUACGGCGCAAUGUCAUCGUACCAGUACAAACUCAGGUCCUCGAGGCGGAUCCGCUAAUCGAAGCCAAGUCGGCAAUCAACAGCGUUGUCUCAACGAAUGCCGAUAUCGUGGGAUUCGAGUGGCACAAGAUGAACGGUGCGCCAGUCAAAGAUUAUUUGAACUUGGAAGCCCAAUUCGGCUUGUCAUCCGGUGUUUGGUGCUUGCACCAUGCGUGUCUGUCCGAACUCAUUUGA